CGAAAGCAAAGACCCAACCACAGCCACAGGGCUGUCACUGUCACUACCCGAUCCGUAUGGACGCUGUCCAAAUGGCAUAAAUACGGGCCCUAGCUUGUUUCUUUUGAUCAGUCACACGACACAGCGUCCUAUCUGACGGUCCUGUUAGCUGUUUGACUUUCAGCAGCUGAGGAGGAACUGACAGAUUUCCAGCGCACUUCAAUGGCUUUUUAGAGAAACUGGACUUUGUGUAUUCAAUCAGCAAAAGCAUGAAUUUCAUCAGAUCCCGCAUUUCCAUCGGCAGCCUCCUCGGUCAGAGGAGACAUGUGCUGCAGACAUGGAGCCACAGAGGGAUGUGCAAUAAACUGCAGGAGACCAAAGCGGAGUCCCCACCUGCAGCACCAGCACAUGAGCCGCGUCCCGCAUUCAGACUUCCAGGCUACAAGCCCUCAGAUAUGGACAAGAAGAUGCUGAUCUGGUCAGGGCGCUUCAAGUCAGCAGAGCAGAUACCAGAGACUGUGUCGUUUGAGAUGAUUGACGCUGCCAGAAACAAAAUCAGAGUAAAGGCUGCCUAUGUGAUGAUGGCUGCCACGAUAGGAGCUUGUAUGGUUAUGGUGUUUCUGGGCAAAAGGUCUCUUGCCAGGAAGGAGACCCUGACGGCACUAAACAUCGAGAAGAAAGCCAGAUGGAGAGAAGAACACCAGAAACCAAGCGCAAGUGCCGUUGCCCUGUCUGACAAGGCUCAGUGAUGGAAGAUGACUCAUUCAGACACGCUCAUUCUCGAACCCAAGUCAAUAGCACUUUCUGUGUAUACCACAACUUCUCCAGUCCCAACCUUUGGAGGUGUAGUGCAACCAAAAAAAUAUCAGCAGUAAAUUCUGAGUAGUGCUUUUGCAACAAGGAAAUUGGCCUUAACAAUAGUUUUGCAAUAAUUGAGUACCUGAUGCAAAAUGUAUCUACUUAGUGAAUGUAUAUAAAUAACAGGGUUACAAAGUGGCACUUGAUUAAUGGCACAAGCCAUUAUUUUGGUAGUGGCAUUUCGUUGUGUCAGCCCAGUGGAGGGUUUAUUGCAGGAAGGUGCAAUUAUGCCUUGUGAAAAUAUUGUCUUUCCCCUUUUUGUGGAACAUUAAGUAGCUGAUUGGAUGUGACUUGUUCACCUGUGCAGUGGGCUGUCUGUCCUGAUACCCCUCUGAGUGGGCUUCUUAUUUCAUGGCCACUAUGAUGUGCCAUCUGUGUUUGUAUGUGGUGAGCACCAAAACUAGUUCAAUAAAGCAGUGAUUCUAUAAAAA